UUGUGUGAUUUAUCGAAAGGUGUGGUUAGUCUUCGCAACAGCUUCCGCGUUCUUCGGCGUUCAACUUCCCAAAUAAUUGCCAAACAUCCACAGAUUUACAACAGAACUUGGUGUUUUCAAGCUAAGGAGACCAAAGAGAAUAUGGAAAAUACAAAUGCAAGAGUCUUUGACACACAUGAUAGAGAAUGGAACACUGAAGAUCAUCAGCUUAUCUCUCAAAACGAAACUGGACAGGUUCCAGGUCACUACUUGUGGGUUAAUGGCACAUCUGUUUCAUCCAAUGCAGUCAGUACAAACCAAAAAACUCUGUUUAAGAUCCACACUGUCAUAGAGAAGGACAACAAUGGAAAAGCUCAUCAAGUUGUCAUUCUAGAAAAUAAAAGUGGAAGUGUUGUGGCAAUAAACAAGGAUGAUGACACCGUCCUUGUCAAGGAUCUUCCUAAACCUCCAAGCCAAUACAACACCCUUCGCGAGGUUAAGAAAGAGAGACCUGAGGUGCUGUUCUACAAGGUGGCAAGGGAACCUGGCAGUAAUCUGUUUUACUUCAAGUCUUACCUCAAAGAUAAACAACGCAUCCUCGGUUUUGAUACAUCAGGAAAAGCAUUGAACACAUCUGAGGUAGACUCAAAUCGGGAGGAAAGUUGGUUUAAAGUGAUAUAAAAUCUCUCAUAUGUGGAAAAUUAAAGUUACAGUUUGCAAUUAAAGUAAGAGAUAUUUUGUAAACAGAAAAUUGCUGGGAGGAAAUUGUUUUACUUAUGUUAAGCUGAUGAAGUCAUAUCCAGUGUCAGUUUGACAACAAAGUUCAUGAAGUUAAGCAUGGUAACACAUCAUUUUUAUCAUCUGUUUUAGGAUAGAGUAACUAUCAAUAUGUAAUUUUAUACAUGUCGAAGAAAUAUUUUUUUAUAAAACUAGGAAACGUUUUGCUAAACAUGUUAUAAUGAAUAUCACUUUGAUGCCUAAGCAACUUAAAAAAAAAAGUUAUUCAAAGAUGAAUUUUUAAGAAAAGUCACAGAUUUUGAGCUAUUAGUGAAUUUCAAUUACACUAAUAUAUGUCACAUAAUUUCAUGUAAAAAGUAUCAAAAACUUUCACUGGAGAUUUUUUCAUUUUUGUACUGAUUCUCUGCAAAAACUAUAAAUGGUUACUGGACUAUUUUAAAUUCAUUUAGAAAAACCUCUAAUCAGUUUCUUUAAGACCUACUUGCAGCAAAUGGUUACAAGUGAACAUGUUGGUAACAAUCUUAAAUAAAAAAGUUAUUUUAAAAAUCAA